AAAUCAGAAAGGAGCGAUAUGAUAACAUUCGAUGAUGCCAUUGGGGGUUUAAACAUAUAUAAAUGAACAUGUAAGACCGAGAGCAGUAGUAUUUCUUAUCGAGUACAAUGAAGUCUGCUCUGAUCUAUGUUACUGCACUGGUCGCAGUUGCGGUGGUCCAAGGACAACCAGAACAGUCGACCACUGCCGCCAACCAUGGCGAGGAACAGUCGUCAGCCACCAUCCCGGCUGUGAUAACAUUGGUGGCGGCGUCGUACACGGAAGAAGACGAGGAUACCAUUUGUGUCCAGGCAGACAACAAGUUCUACUUGUACGCCAAUUCACUGAAGCUGUAUUCUUGCUACCACCUACUACCGAAGGUUUACGUGGUGAAACCAAAGAGUCUGUGUAAACCAGUCCUGUCAGACUGUCCCAAGAACUAGGAAUAUUGCAAGUGUGUCGGCUCAUCCUGGAGGAGCUGACUCGUCUGGGAUUGAGUGAAGACCAGAUGGCUGUGCUGCUGACUGAAGACAUCAACAAUUUUCACAGAAAGAAGUAAAUUCCAAAAGUGUAGAACUUACCCCUUUCACUAGCAAGAGAAACCGGUGGAAUCAAUAUCUCUUGUUUUGUGAUAGUUUCUGAUUGCUUCAAGAUUUGCAAUAAAUCAGUUUUACAACCAGGCUAGAAACUGAGUGGAAAAAUUAUUAAUUAAAACAUGGUUCUGCCUGUUGUAUCUUUCUGUUGGCCUUGUAAUAGUUUUAUUCUGACACAAUACAACUGUUCUUUCAUGUCGUCAA